AUGGCAAGCAAAAAAGGAGAUCCAGAAGAGUUGUAUAUUAAACAAGAAAAGAUUGGUAAAGGUUCAUUUGGUGAGGUAUUUAAAGGAAUAAAUAAGAAAACAAAUGAAACUAUAGCUAUAAAGAUUAUCGAUCUCGACGAUGCAGAGGAUGAAAUCGAAGAUAUUCAACAGGAGAUCAAUGUGUUGUCACAAUGUGAGAGUCCUUUCGUUACAAAGUACUUUGGUUCUUUCUUGAAAGGAACUAAGCUCUGGAUCAUCAUGGAGUAUCUCGCUGGUGGAUCGGUCUUGGAUCUCAUGAAGCCAGGUCCAUUCGAUGAGGCAUUCAUUGCCAUCAUCCUCAGAGAGUUACUCAAGGGUCUUGAAUACCUCCACUCCGAAGGAAAGAUUCACAGAGAUAUUAAAGCUGCCAACAUUUUAUUGUCAGCCAGCGGUGAUGUUAAAUUAGCUGACUUUGGUGUAAGUGGUCAAUUGACUGAUCAAAUGACAAAGAGAAAUACAUUUGUAGGUACACCGUUUUGGAUGGCACCAGAGGUUAUUAAACAGACUGGCUACGAUUCGAAAGCGGAUAUUUGGAGUAUGGGUAUUACAGCGUUGGAGAUGGCCAAGGGCGAGCCACCCAGAGCCGAUUUGCAUCCGAUGCGUGCACUCUUUUUGAUCCCAAAGGAUCCACCUCCCACCCUCGAGGGCAAUUUCUCAAAGGGUUUCAAAGAGUUUUGUAGUUUGUGUCUGAAUAAGGAUCCGAAUCUACGUCCAACAGCUAAAGAUCUAUUGAAACACAAAUUCAUAAAGGCCGCCAAAAAGACGAGCUGUCUCACCGAGUUGAUCGAACGUCGACAAAAGUGGAUACAGCUGAACGGUGGCAACGUCGAGGAGGAUGAAGACGGCGACGAUAGAGACAACAAAGGCAACGACGACGACGACGGAUGGGAUUUCCCAACUAUUAAAGCCGCCAAGUCACCGGUAGUCGCUGCCGCUACCUCCACACCACAACCAACACCUGUACAGGCUGCACCCAAGCCAGCCGCACAACCUGCAUUCACCAAACCAAACGUCGACGAACCAACAAAACCAACACCACCACCGGUCGUCACUCAACCAACACCAGCACCAGUUCAAAAACCAGUCGUACAACAACAACCAACACCAGUUGCAACUGCACCGGUCGCCGUUGCCAAUGCUGCGCCAUCUUCGCCUGCACCCGCCACCAACAACGCAGUCGUCUCUGCACCAGCUCAAAACGGUGCCGGCGCUGCUCAACCAAGAGCGAGCGCUCUCACCUCUGUCAUCUACCCAGUGCUCUCGAAGCUGCUCCGUAGCACACAAGAUGAAAACGUUAUCAACUCUUUGGCACAACUCAAAAUGGCAUUUGACAACGCUGAGAAAGCAAAGCCAGAAACUAUAACAACACAACCUCAAUUAAUUAAUAAUAUUUUCUUUCUAUUUUUGAGAUCACAAAGAAAAGCAAGACAUACACAAAAAUAUCCAUGUGCUUUCAUCUCAAAGUUAUUUAGUACUGUGAUGAGACGUGGAGUUCUUGGUAACUCUGCUACCACUUCAUCUUUCACCAGAGUCAACAAUUUACAAAGAUCUUUCAGAACCAGUAUUCAAUCUUUCUCUACUGCAAACACCACAUUCUCAACACAAAAUCAAGAUUUUAAUAUCAUUUUAAAGUCAUCGAAUGCCACUAAAUUGAGACAAAGAUUGAGUUUGGAUCCACGUACAAAGAUUACCUUUGACGAGUUCAAGAAUCUUUGUGUUGAAUCUGGAUUCCAAGAUAGUGAGGUCAACAGACUCGCAAGUGCUUUAACCGAAUCAGGAAAUAUCAUUUAUCUCCCACACUCCACCGCACCAACUCUUUCCAACUCUGUUUUUAUCAAUCCAAAUCAUGUCUACCAAUCAUUAUAUAAUGUAUUGGAUAUUGAAAAUAAAGGUGUAGGUUUGGUACAAUUGAUUGAAAAUAAGAAGAAUGAAAUUAAGAUCCUCGAAGAUCGUAUCAGACCAUUGGAUGACAUCAAGUCAAUCAUCGACACAAAAUCAAAGAAGAGUGCACACCGUGUCAUUUGGCUCGGUCUUGGAUACUUGGUUGCACAAGCUGCCAUCAUCGGUAGAUUGACAUGGUGGGAAUUAUCAUGGGAUAUUAUGGAGCCAGUAACUUACUUUGUCAGUUUUGGUACUGUUUUGAUUGGUUACAUUUAUUUCACAUUCACCAAGACAGAGUACACAUUCGAGGCUUUGAACAACAACCUGUUCAGACGUAAACAACAGAAAUUAUUUACCAGACAAAACUUCCCAAUCAACGAGUACAACAGAUUGAAUGAAUUGUUGGCAAAGAAGAAAGAAGAGCUCAACGCUUUGUCAUACGCUGCCAACUACCCAUUGGAUGGUAUUGUAGAUUUUGAACCAAAACAAACCGCAAUCGAAGCCGACAAAGCCAACUAA